AAAAACUCACCGGGAAGAAGGAACCAGAAGCUAACCGGCACGUCGUGAAGCUAACCGGGAUUCCGGGAAGCAGAGACGUCCGCCCGUCGCCCGUCGUCCGUCGUCAUGGCCGCCGUGGAGGUGUGCGUGAAGGCCGCCACGGGGAAGCCCGACACGCUCGGCGACUGCCCGUUCUCGCAGAGGGUGCUGCUCACGCUGGAGGAGAAGAAGGUCCCCUACGAGGUGAAGCUCGUCGACCUCGACAACAAGCCCGAAUGGUUUCUGAAGAUCAGCCCAGAGGGUAAGGUGCCUGUGUUCAACGGUGGUGAUGGCGAAUGCAUUGCUGAUUCUGAUGUAAUCACCCAAACCAUUGAGGAGAAGUUCCCAACUCCAUCUCUGGUCACUCCUGUAGAAUAUGCAUCAGUGGGAUCAAAGAUUUUCCCAGCCUUCAUCACAUUCUUGAAGAGCAAGGAUGCUAGUGAUGGUUCCGAGAAGGCGCUUCUGGAUGAGCUGCAGGCACUGGAUGAGCAUCUCAAAGCUCAUGGCCCCUACAUCAACGGGGAGAACGUAUCAGCAGCUGAUCUUAGCCUGGGGCCAAAGCUCUUCCACCUCCAGGUCGCACUGGAGCAUUUCAAAGGCUGGAAGAUCCCAGAAAACCUAACCAACGUCCACGCCUACACCAAGGCUCUUUUCAGCCGUGAAUCUUUUGUCAAGACUAAGCCAUCCGAGGAGCACGUGAUUGCGGGAUGGGCGCCCAAGGUGAACGCGUAAGCACAUCGUGAUUUGGUGCUAACUGGUGGACUCCAUCCAUUUAUCUGAUCAGUCGUUGUCAGUGGUGUGUGUAGGUGUCACAUCUGUAGCCUAGACACAUGAUUCAGUUGGAAUAAAUGCAGUGUCGUGUGAUCGUGUCUCGAGUACUCAGUUCUGGCUGUUGCAAUUGUGCGUGUCUGUUGCCGGUUUCGUUCGAGACCAUGGGCAUCUCUUGAUCUGCUAUGAGAGCAUGCAUAUAGUGUAACGUGGGCUCCAAAUAAUGGAACUGCUUUUAUGCUUGCGGUGAGCCUUGCUUUCAUGAUUUUCUGUUCUCUGGUGAAUUGGUGGUAGCCUGAGCAUCAGGUUAUCUUCUCUUAUGGUCAUAUUUCUGACCUGGAUUUUUUCAAGCGCAUGUUAAUCG